AUGGCCGAUAUACCUCCCCAAGUUUUACGGAAAUUGAUUAUUUUCACAGCAUUGAUGAUUCUUGGCCCACUCGUGGCCUUUUUUACUAGUCAGGCAUUGUUUGAAAGUUCCCUCGUGUCGGGUGGUAUUGCAGCAGUCGUUGCAAACGUGGUUCUUAUUGGGUACGUCUACGUGGCCUUUAACGAAAAUAUAGAUGGCGAUUCCAAGGAAAAGAAGGAAUCUUAA